AUAAAUCUUGUUAAUACUUGCGGAAUUUGUGAAGAAAUAGUAGAAGAAUCAUCAAUUUUAACUCAUAAGUGCUUGGAAGGAUUUGAACAAUUCAUCAUUGAUAAGAAUAGAUACUUUUAUCCUGCAUGUGAUAAUGGAGCUAUAAUUCGACGAAGUGCCAUGGAUAAUAAUAUAGAAGACAUUGUACUUGAUGAAUCACCAAAUAAUUUUGAAAAAGAUACAAAUGUAGAGCAUGUUGCGCUUAAUGAAUCUUACAUUUCUCCUUUAUCGGAAACGAACAGCAAUAUUUCAUCUAAUUGUUCUCAUGAUUUAAUAGAAAUAGAAGAAUUGCUAAUUGAAGAGGUUUCAAAGCGUGAAGUAUUAUAUAAUUAUAAUUUACCUUUAACACAACGUAAUAGAACAAUAACUAAUGAAGCGUGGAAAGCGGUUUCAGAAGCUCUGCAAGGACGUUUGAACCCAAAAGAAGCUGCAAAGAGGUGGAAGAUAUUACGGGAUAGUUAUUAUCGUAAACUAAGUGAAGAAAAAUUACCUAGUGGAUCAGGACGUCCCUCUAUAAGGAGAAAAUGGAAAUAUUUUGAUCAAAUGGAUUUUUUGCGCGAUAUAUCUCUAAAAAAAAAAACAAUUUCAAAUCUUCCUAAUGAUGAGGAAAAUACAGAAAAUUGUCAACCAAUUACAAAAAAAAGUCGAUCUUCAAACUCGCAAUCAGAUGGCACAGACUCACAUGUUGCAAUCAACAAAAUUGCAGAUGCAAUUACUGCAAUGAGCAAUGUUCCUAAACCUAUUCAAUUACCAUCGUUACCACCUCAAGAAAAGCAAGAUGAAGUAGAUGGUUUAUUCUUAAUAAUUGGUACACAAAUUCGAAAGUUGCCACAAAACGAAAGAAACAAUCUUAUAUUUGAAAUAUUGUCUUUCGUUAAAGAAAAAAUAUUGUGUCUUUCUCAUCUUUCAUAA